AUGGAAAUAGACAAAAGAGGCCAAAACAAGAAGAAGAUGGAAUAUUGGAGUAGCCCCUUCAUCAAUGGCGAUUCUUCUUCCAACUUCAUCUAUCCUUUUCAUAACUUCGACAACUUUUCAGGUACAAUGGUGGAUACACAAGGAGGCCAGCUUUAUGAACAUCAUGUCCCUCUAGCAAUGGUGGAGAGUAGCUAUGGAGAAGCAAGCAACAGUAUCAACGGAUAUGAAAAGAAGAAGAAGAAGAAGAUAACGAGCGAGCAGCUAAAGUUACUAGAGAGAAGUUUCCAAGAAGAGACAAAGCUGGAUCCGGACAGAAAGAUGAAGCUAUCCAAAGAGCUCGGGCUGCCAACGAGACAGAUUGCGGUUUGGUUCCAGAACAGGAAAGCCAGGUGGAAGAACAAACAACUCGAGCAUCUCUACGAAUCACUAAGGCAAGAGUUCGACGUUGUCUCUAGAGAAAAGAAGCUGCUUCAAGAAGAGCUUAUGCAAUUGAAAUCGAUGAUAAGACAGAAUGGUUCGAGCAAGAAGAAGCAAACAUGGGAACAAGCCUGCAGCGAGGCAAUAUCAUUUCAGUCCCAACUCAACUAG